ACAUCCCUUUGCUGUUUUAUUUAGCACAGGAUGAAGCAGGUGAAAUACAAAUAAUAGGACUGGAAAAGCACCACAGACGCGUUGAGAGGGAUUUGCCUUGGAGGGACAGAAUAAAUUAGAGUUCCUGUCCUUAAUGUUACCUGGAGGGAAAGAAAAGAAGAAUUUGCCAUCGUAGAAAGAGCCUCCUUUGUAAAACGGGACAGACAACACGGGUGUCCCUCUGUCAAGAAUGAAGAGGAGCCACAAAAGAGCAGCAGGUGCAAAGUUGUGUUUGAUUCCCUUCCCCAUUUCAUAUAAGAGCUGAAGGAACCAGGAGGCAAGGUGGGCUGCACAACCUUCCUGCUACUUCUCUGAACCCUGAAACCACAACAGAACCUUCCAGCUGAAGGGAGAUCCCCAGGAGGUGGUGCCCAGGAAAGGGGAAUGAUGCUCGCCUCCAGCUCCGCUCCCAUGCCAGAGCAGGGCUGGCAAACCACAGGAGCAACGGGAAGCCUCCAGAACCUGAAGAAAUUUAACAGACAGGAUUUCAAAAACCUGCGAGCCUUGUGCCUGAGCCAAGGGGUGCUCUUUGAGGAUGCCACCUUCCCCGCUCACAUCAGCUCCAUCGGUCCCAGCCUGCUCCCGAAAGAGCAGCUCCGGCAAAUACAAUGGAAGAGGCCAACGGAACUUCAGAGAAAUCCUUACUUGAUCAUGGAUGGAGUUAGCAGAUUUGAUAUCAUGCAAGGAGAAAUAGGCGACUGCUGGAUGCUGGCUGCCCUGGGCUCCUUGACACUGCGAAAACAAUUUUUGGAAAACGUUUUACCAAAGGACCAAGGAUUCCAGGACGAUUAUGCUGGGAUAUUUCAUUUCCGGUUCUGGCAAUAUGGAGAAUGGGUGGAUGUAGUGAUAGAUGACCGGCUGCCAAUCCUAAAUGGAAGAUAUCUGUCUGUACACCCCCGAACUUCAAAUGAAUUCUGGCCAUCCUUGCUGGAAAAAGCAUAUGCCAAGUUGCAUGGCUCCUACCAGAACUUGAAUGGAGGCUACAUUUCAGAUGCUUUAGUGGACCUCUCAGGUGGAGUCCAAGUGCAGUUUUCACUGCAGAACCCACCUCCUGAUCUGGAGGAGAUCCUGAAAGCAGCUGACAAAUCUCGGUGCCUCAUGGGGUGCAGCACCCCGGGCCAGUCAACGAGGAACAUAGAGCUGAGGAAUGGGAUUGUACAGGGUCAUGCCUACACCGUCACAGGAGCUGUGAAGAUCCCCUACAAGAAUGGCUGGAAACAUAUCAUCAGGAUCUGGAAUCCAUGGGGCCAUGGGGAGUGGAAGGGGCCCUGGAGUGAUAACUCUCCUCAAUGGGACCGUGUUGAGCCUAAAUACAGAGAAGCCCUCCUCAGAAAUAAGGAUGAUGGAGAAUUCUGGAUGUCCUGUGAGAACUUCCAGGAGCAGUUUUCAUGGCUGUAUAUAUGUAACAACACCCCAGCAUUCCUGGACUUUGGAGAUGAGCAGUCCACAGCGUGGUCCCUGACCAGCUACACCGGCCUGUGGAGCCCAGGCCUUCCCACGAGGAGGCACCGCUAUUCCUCAGCAGGUGCAGCUUCAACAAACCCUCAGUAUUUUUUCAAAGUGCUGGAUCACGACCCAAAUACCUAUAAUGUAACAAUUUCACUCAUGCAAAAACACCCUGAGCGUAUGCAGGAGGAAAAAAACCUGAAGAUUGGCUUUUUCAUCACCACGGGGAAUUCCAGAGUUCUGAAGAAAAUCUUUCUCCGGACUCGAGAUGUGACCAGCUACUUUAUCCUGAGCCCAGGGACCUACGCCGUUGUUCCUGCUGCAGCAGAGGACCAAGAAUUCGAAUUUCUCUUACGAAUUUUCAUAAAGAAUCAAGACUACAAUGAGAACUCAAACUUCCUGACCAGCCCAGGGCUGCCAAUGGAUGUACCAAGACAGAACCAGGACAGCUCCUAUGAGGCCCUUUUCCUAAGAUACGCUAAGCAGGACUCAACUAUUGAUGCCUUGCAGCUGCAACAACUCCUUAAUGAAGUGAUCCUGAAAGAUGAAAUGACCAGCGUGGGAGGGACAUUCAGCUUUGAUUCAUGCAGAGGCAUUUUGGCUCUGAUGGAUCUCAACUCGAAUGGAAGACUCACCCUGCAGGAGUUUGGGACCCUCUGGCGAUGUCUCACAAAGUACAUGGAUAUCUUCAGCAAGGAAGACAGAAACCGUUCUGGAUUUCUUGAUGUUGCUGAGCUGAAGAAUGCGAUUCAGGCAGCAGGCCUGCCCAUGGACGCGCAGCUGCUGCGCCUGCUGAUGCUCCGCUACGGAGAUGCCCAGGGCAGGGUUGGCUUCUGCGACUUCGUGUGCUGCAUGCUGCGCCUCGACACCAUGAGCCAUGCAUUCCAAAACUUAGCAGAGGGUGGAUCACAAAUUUUGAUGACGGCAAUGGAGUGGCUGACUCUUGUCAUGUACACCUAGAGAGACGCCAGAGGUCAUGGUAAGAAUAGGUGACUUUUCUUCCUCCUCAGUAGAACAGUGCCCAAGGCCAUCCCACACAAAAGCCAUCCACGGAGUUCUUGAAAAACCACAGUGAAGGAGUGAAGCCAGGUGUCCUUAUGCUUGGUGGUACUCGGAUAUUGGGAUGAAGAGUCCUUUCCAGGCAAAAUGGGGGUGCCUUGGAGAGAGAAGAAUUGCUAAUGCAAGCACUCCAUGGGCAAGCUGGAAGUGACUGUAACCUCCUCUCAUCUUCCUGUAAAUAGUACAGAAGUUAGGAACAGCUCCAUUAGCUCCACUGUGAAAAAGAACAGACCCAUGCCUUUUGUGUGAAAAGAGUGUAUAAGAUGUAAGUUACAACAACAAUCAAGACACAGUUUUAUUUGAAUUAUUUCUUAAUUUUCUUGUGUGCUAUUUAUAAAUGCCAGAAAAUGAUUGAGGAAAUUAGUCAUAAAUUAUAAAUAACAUCAGAAGCUUUUUUAUUUUCUUUAUACUUUUUAUUACUAAAUUAAAAAAAAAAAGUCUUUACCAUUUUUGAGUUCAUCAACUAUUGGUAUUCCAUUUUAUUUGAUACAGCAAUGAGGUGGCAUAUUAGAGAUAUAGAACAGAUUGUGCACUGCUUUUUUCUGACUUCCAGAAUCUAUAUUGGGACUGUCUGGGAGUAGAAAAGUUUGUCUGAACUGCAUUCUCUUCCUCGAUGUCUUUAAAAAUGCAGGUCUUCUUCAGACAUAAUUCCUGCUCAAAAUUUAACUUAAACCUGCAAAAUAACUGUAACUUUUCUCUAUCCACACAUGAACUUAAUUUUCAUACUUUUUUGUCAUGGCUUUAGCAGCAAAUUUAGUGAUCUAUUCCACUCAGGUAUUGAAAAAAACAAUAAUCUUUGGAGACUAUUUGUGAAAAUGCCAAAAAAGAAGGAUGCAAAUGUAAAUGGAUGAAAGAAAUCCAAGGUUGCCAUGGCAAUAUUAUUCACACCGUGCCUCACCCAGGCUCUCUGCACAGGUUUCCAUUGAGGCAUCCACACAUUAGCAGCAGAUUUACCCAUUUGGCAGGGAGAUGUUGCACACUGGAGCAACAACUACAUCACAAGGUAGGUAUGAAACCCAGAUCUUUGUUAUCAUGAGGUCAGUCUGUGUUGUGUCGCUGCCUCGUUCAGCAGCUUGGAGAGCAUUAAUCAUGUCGGUAGGUCCUAGGCAAGAGGGGCCACUGAACCCACUCUUCCACUGAAAAUUAGAGCAAGGGGAAAUCACUUAAAUUAGACUAUUCUAAUGGAGUUUUUUUCAGUAAUUUUUGAACAAACUGAUUCCUUCUCCAAAGUGGGACACACACAUCCCACCUGCAAUUUUUGAUCACUAAUUAAGCCCUCUGCAAAUGUUGGCAAAGAGAGAGGAUUAAAAGGGCGCCAUGGAAAAAUGAAUAUGCUUUGCUAAAAAGGUUUAUUAGUAGAAUCGUUUCAGAGAAAGGUUUAUGUAUCUUGGCCUGGGAAUUCAAAAAAGAUAAUUUAAAAGCUUCAGGUAUUUCUAGAUGACUUCCACCACACAGUUUGGCCGUGCUCAAGAUGCUCAGACCUGCUGGGAACUAGCUCUUUGUAGCUACAGAGAAGUCAUCUCUGUUAAAGCUGCAAAAUUCAGUUCAAGUCAACUGGUUUAAAUACAUUCUUGUUGUGUGAAAGUCUCAUCUAUAACAACACCAAGCCAUUAGGAUUAAUCUUAAACAUCUUAAUUUGCAGCCGAUGUAUUACUUCUCCUUUUGUUGCAAUGCGUGAUUGCCUUUCCGUGGAAGGCAGUUCUGCCUGUCGGGAGGCACAGAUCCUUGUCUCAUAACUCAGCCUGGCCACGGACUGAAAUGUCUCCUCUUCAUUACAAAGCAGGCAGAGACACCAGGCACCCCUGGUGAGAAUCAUCACCUAUCCCUGAGUUAUCUCCCCGUGAGCAGCUGCUGGGGGUGAUGCUCUGGGGAGUGUCCCCCGGCACAGAGCCCCAGCAGAGCCCACCUUCAGCUCCAUCCCACCAGCCCUUCACCCAGAUAAGUGUGGCUCUGUGCUCUGGGCACACCAGCACUCUCAGGGACCAGCCCGUGGCCCCUCUGGCUUUGCAGGCUGAUCCUGCACUGGGGCAGAGUAAUAACUCGCUGCUGUCAAACUGAGCAUGGCUGCCUGUCUGUGGCAUUGGAAGAAUUGGUAUUCCACUUGAUUUAUACCUCCAACCGAGCUAAUUAAGCAACAAUUCAGGAGGAAUCCAUCAUUGUGACAGACUUGUUGAUUAACCAUCCUACGAACAAAGUCAAGGGUGCUUGGUAGCCUGAAAAAAAAAAAAAAGGGUCAAUAAUGGAGAAAAGCAAUGAUUUGGCCAUAAUAUAGUGGUGGCUAUUAUUUCCAAAAGCAACAAGAAGCUUAAUACAUCUCACGAAUACUGGGGCCAAUACUGAAAACAAAGGCAGCUCAGAUCAGUGGGGUGUUAGAUAAAGAGAGACAACUUCUACAUUUCAUCUUUGUGUGAUUAAGCUGUGAAGGCAAGCUUUAAGGGGAUGGUGCCCCUAUUAAAAUCUUCAGGCUCCUUCAUCUGUGUUUGCCAGCUCUGAAAUGUGAGUGUGGUCCCCAUGAGGUUUCUGGCACUUGUGAAGGCUCUGAGAUUCAUCCAAUUAUGAUAAUAUAGUCUCUAAUUUUUUUUAUUAAAAUCAGUUCCUAAUCCUCAGGGACACAAAUCUGGAAAGCCCUAAGAGAAUCUGCUGUUAGAAAUUGAAGAAAAGGACCUAGAACAAAUGCUCUAUUUUUAAAUCUUCAUGAGGCUAAAGCCCUCAAGAGGGUAAGAAGCAGGCUGAAGCAGAUGAGAUUAGUGAUGCUGAACUCCCUAGCACAGGAGAUGGGAUAUAGAACUGAUGAAAUUAGGUAAGAUCUAAGCUGGCCAUUAACUUUAGGAGGACUUUGGUGGAGAGUGGUGACAGCUGACUCUGCAAGUAUAAUCUCUAGGUGUAAUCUUGGAGCCCUGCUGUUUACUGCCCUUCUCCUGAGACCCAAAGGCCCCAGUGUCUUACAUCUGCCUGCCUAAAUUGUGCCAAGAUGGACAGAGGAGGAAGUUCUCACAUGUCUUACCUACAGGGUCUGUUUCCUGAGCAUGCAGCCUGGAUCAAGGCUUUCCCAGGCACCUUGGAGGCUGUGGUUUGAUGCCCACACUUCAGUGAACACAUCUUGCUGUUGUGGCCUGGGAGACUUGGGGGUGUCCAUGGCCAGUUUUGGAGCAGCUGAACCUCCCUCUCUGCCUUUGGCUAUGCCUUAGGUUUCUCAUAGAGACACUGAUGCUGCAAUUUGUACAGAAUAGCUAUAACAUUUUCAAGGGGGAAAAAAAAGGCUCAUUAUUCCAUAACCACAUGCAUGUCUGGAGAGGGGAAGGCUGGGUGAGACCUUGGCUGUGAGCAGCCCAGUGGCCCCUGCACUUUCUGUGCACUAAUGAUUUUUAUUUUUGUUUCUUGAUGCAAUGCAUUUCUCAAAGCAGGGAACAGCCAUACCAUGUCCUGGCCAUGGGCUGCAGACUCACAGGCUUCUCUCAAGCAGGGGUGUAGCAGUGAGGGAUUUCAGUGAUAUUUUAGUGUGCAGCCUGGAGGGGUGCCUGGGAAUGCUCAGCUCUUGCUCAGUGAGAUGGUGACCUUUCCUCAAAACUGCUACCUGAGUAGAAAGCAAUGGAAAUUCUGUCAGGAGAGACCCCUCCCCAUGUUCAGGUGGGCUCAGUAGGGGCACAGCCAAAUAUUGGGAUCAUUUCUCUGGUGGAUGGUGCCAGCUCUAUUCAGCACUAUUGAGCUUAGCCUUAGUACCUGUCUUUAGGAUCUCUUUGCUGCAGGUCUGCAGCUGAAAUAUUUCACUCUUACCUAGCAAUUCCUUGCACAAAAUACCUCAACCUGCAAUUUCUGGCUGCAUUCCUUGCACCUGCUCCCACCCUGAAAUUGCUGCACCUUUUCAUCCCUGGAGAGGGGCAGUCCCAAAGCGCAGCAGCUUCUUCAGAGCAGGUUUCCCAAUGUCCCCCACCAGGCUGGCCACUGCCACCCCGUGUCCCUGCCACCAGCUGUGCCACCAGCUGUGCCUGGGCUGGGUGUCCCCAGCCUGCUGUGACUCUGUGUCCAUUUCUCCUGCCUGGCAGUGACAUCUAGAGGCUCCCUGGCCUGAGCUCCUGUCUCACUGCUCACAGCUCUUGGCUUUGUUCCUCACAAAGCACCUGGGAAGGUCUGAAGUACUGCUAGGCUUAAAUCCAAGUCCUUCCCUUGCCCCUCCUUCCCUAAGCCACCAUGGGAAGGAUUUUUGUUGUAGCAUCCCAAGAAAAUUUGACAUUGUUUCUGGGAUACCAAAGCUCUGAGAGAGCCAGCCCAUGUCCCUUCCCUGAGAGAACUGGUCCACAUGAGGCUGGUGGUGGUUAAAUAAUACAUACAGCUUUCCACUUGAGGAAAUAUUAUUUCCUUGUUUUACGUGCCAUCCAUUAGAUUUGAUGCCAUCCAGCAUCAAAGGCAAAGCUGCCACAGAAAUACCUCUGUAUCACGGCUGGCUGUGCAAGAUGAAAGAUUAUUGUGCAAACAGUAUUAUGCAUUUAAAAGCGAUGCAUUCAAGAAAAGGGAAGGAAAUAUAUCAUCUCCAUAGGCUGAAUUAUUCAGCCAGAUGAUGAAUGCCUCUCCUGAAGCAUUCCCAGGGUUUGAGCUGAAAUACCUACCAUGGGGAGAGACAGGGAAUACUAUUGCCUGUAUGAAAGGUACUUGGUAUUCAAUAGAAUGUGUAUUCUCUAUAGUGAUAUCCCAUAGGCAUUUUGAGUCAGCAGAGCAGAUUGCAAAUGAUCUUCUAGCCUGAAAUCAGGGAAAAAGCAACUUAGUGGAGUAGAGCUUUCUCUCAAUAAAAAAUUUGCAGGAAUAUUGCAGUAAAAAGUCUGAGGAAUGGGUCUUGCCCAUCCUGUGUCUUAUGUCCACCCUCCUCUCCUCUUUACUUAUUUUGUCUGCCUGAUCCUGAGAAGCUGGACUGUAAUGAUGAUUCCCAGCUCCACACAGAGAGAAAUGCCAAGACAAGGUGGGAAGCACAGCUGUGGCGUGAACCUUCUCCAUCACCCUUGAAUUUCAUGGCCUAAACCCCCUUCUCCUUAUCUCAAAGGGACAUAAGUUACAUCUCCAUCCAUGGAGCAGGAAGGUGCUUUGCUUACCAAUGGUGUGUAUGAUUCUUAAGACCUAAACACAGUCAUUGACCUGUAGAAAUGAUAAUGUGUCUAGUUGUUUGGGUUUUUUGGUUUUGGGAUUUUUUGUCAAACCAGCAUUCCAUGUGCUCUUGAACUCAGAGGUGAUAGGAGAUAUAAAAUGAAACUGAGAUUGUCAGGCUGUCUUGAUUUUACUGGAUUGAAGGAAGAAUGGUUAAAUGAAAAUUGUAGCUGUGAGUGCCAGAUUUUUCUUUUUCUGAUUCUUUAUUUUUUUCCUCCUAGACACUGGCAUAAAAGCUUCCCUUUUCAUUAUUAUAUCAGGUGAAACCAAAGGAUUUUUUUCCCCCCACUGAAAAAAAAAAUAAACAGUUUCAAGCUCUUAG